AUGAUCCUUGACAAGAAAGUCACAAUCGUUAUGAUGCUGCCGAAAAAGUCAAUCGUUGCCUUAUUGGUAUCACUAUCUUUCGUCGCUGCGGUUCCCCAAAGAGGCGCUACAGCCACUUCAUCGUCGAGUUCCUCGUCUCGUAGCUCUUCUUCACGUGUCACCCCCAGUUCUUCUCGAUAUGCGGCAUCAUCAAGCGCACCAGCUACUCGACCGGGUCUGUCAUCAGUUGCUCAUGGCCCAUACCGCGGCUCGGCAUCAGUGACUGGCGCAUUGACAGCUAGCUCCGUUGGCACUGGGGUUGUUGUUGGAGAGGCGCCUCCAGCUCAGACGACCUAUCCCAGUGAUGGGAGACUACAUGAUGCCCAACCUGGCCCGUAUGUUCCUGCAGGGGGUAUUGGCACCAAUACAACUCCUAUUUACAGCGUCCAGAGCGAUUAUGAUUACCAAUCAUUGGCUCUCGCUCUCUAUCAAGCAUGGCUACAGUUAGAUCUCUUCCAAUACGGACUUAGGACCUUUUCUGAUUCCGAGUUCGAAGAGGCUGGCUUGACAGCUGAAGAUCGUACCUUGAUUGAGUUUAUGGCAGGUCAAGAAAUUGGGCAUUCUACACUCAUUAGUAACAUACUAGGUCCACAGGCGCCGCAGCAAUGUAACUACAACUAUCCAUUCACGACUGUGCGCGAGUUUGUCGACUUUUGCCAAAAGCUCACGCGAUUUGGCGAGUCUGCAGUCUACGGUUUUCAGCCUCACCUUGAUAGCCGUGAGGCUGCAUCGCUGCUCUUGCAGAGUAUUAGCACAGUAGCUCGACAGCAGAUGGCCUUUAGACAAUUCGACGGCUUAUUCCCGAUGCCCGUUUGGUUUGAAGUCGGGGUCCCUCAGUCCUGGGCUUGGACCUUACUUGCUCCGUACAUCAGCUCGUGUCCUGAGGACCAGACACGCCUCGCCUGGCAGAAUUUCCCUGCCUUAUGGAUCUUGAGUCAACCCAAUCCAGCCAGAGUCAAUACUUCUCAAGGCUACAAUGAGACUUUGGGCGCAGGAACAAAUACAUUGAACAGCACCGGAAUAUCCGGAUCAGCAGCCUGCUUCAACAGUACAAAUCCAAACAGCAACUGCAACCCUGCAAUCACCCACAACCGUGGCAUCCCACUUUCCUACCCCGGUCGAGUGGUUGAUCUCGCCUGGGAAGCACCCGGAAAGCUUGUGGGCCCUAAUAACAGCUACGUCACCGCAUCGCAAGCCGGAACUGCAGCCUAUGUUGUAUGGGUAUCGCAGUUGAACGUGACCUACUCGCCCUUGAAUCUGAGUAGUAGUACCUCUGGAUCAACUAUCCAACCGGAUGCUGAGACUUUUUCUGGUGAUCCUACUUUUAAUGGCACGUUGUUUAUCGCGAUUACGGACUCGAAUUUGGUUUUGACACCGUUUAAUUUGAGUUUGAUUAAUGAUCAUGUCAUUGCUGGGCCUGCAUUGUAUCAGGCUGGCUAA